ACAAGGAAAAUCAAUUGAUAAUUGAGCUGCAAGAUAUUCGGUACGGUCGCGAGUUGAACGCGAAAAUUUUCGUGAGACUCUCCAAAGAGUUUCUUCUUUGGAUUUCUCCAGUGUUCGAUUCACUUCGAGUUAACAUCUAGGUUUAGUUCGCACGAGCGAGCUUACUCCGGUUAGACAAAAAUAAGAGCUAUCUUCGAAGUCCUUGAUCUGUUGCCGAGAUAAAUCACAACAAUCAAAGAUGGCGUUCUUACAAAUUGUUGCAACGGCGCUUGUGUUGUUCAUUGGAUUAAAUGCUAUCCAGAAGGCGCAAUGUCUACCGGUUUUAAACUCGAGUGAAAGUGGAAGCAGUAUCAGCGAUAGUGGCGAUGGGAGUGAGGGAAGUGACGAAUUAGGAAGUGGACGGGAAUUCAUCAUACAUCGGAAUAGUUCAAAGGACCUGUACGUCGUCAAAGCCGUGGUGUAUGAAAUUGGAAUACUGACAGAUUCUUCAGAUGAAGAUAACUCCACAGACUUCGAAAGCCAUGAACGCGUUGAUCUCACCUUCUUUGACGCACACAGAAAUAGCAGUCACAUCGACCUUGGUAGAGUUCCACUCCCGAUUCAGACCAACAUCAGUGGCCAAGUGCUGACAGGCAUAGCCCCUGUAGACAUUGGAGCUUUCUCUAACCCCGCGCAACUACUUCAAACCCUCCCAAUUACAGGAACCAUCGUUAAUAUAACCCACAGCGAUACAGGCUACUUCCAGCUGUCCACCAGCAACCUCACGGGGUAUGAAAAACCUCACAUCCUCAGCAUAAGUGACUUAAAGCACCUUUCCGACAUCCCCGACCUCACCACCCAGAUAACGGGACAACAGCUAGAAAAGACAAAAAAAUCUACAGAUAAUCUCAUAAAGAAAUAAAUACCCAGCCAUCCACUCGUAAAUGCAGGAUUUUCCAUAGAUCUACAAAAUUCACCUGAAUACAUUAUUAUUUAAUCACGACUUGACUAAGACUGUUAAUUAGUACUUAAAUGUUAAGAUUUUUGAUGGUAUGAAAUGUUAAAAUUAUCUCUGACGAAGUUGGCGGUGAGGUACCAUUACGGCCGGAGAAGAUGGAGGUUUGAAGACAUGACGCUAAUGAUGCUAAUUGAAGUAUUAUUUUUUAUAUUGAGAGCAAACAAAUUUUAUACGUUGCAGCUAUGGCACCUUGAAUAUUGUAUUUCAACAAAUAGUGCUAUUAAAAGAAAGUUCAUAAAAAUUGUUAAUAAAAAAUAUUUUGAACAUC